AUGUAUUUGUUUCUAUUAAUCAAAAUUUUAUUUGUGGUUUAUUGUUUUUAUUCAUAUGUAUCAAAAUUGCGAAAGUUCUCUGAUCAUGACCCUAAAGGACCAUCAGUUUUACCAGUGUUAGGUAAUCUUCACCAACUAGGUAAAUCUCCACAUAUCACUUUGAUGAAUAUGACUAAAACCUACGGUGAUGUAUUUAAGUUUUGGAUGGGUGAUGUAAGUAUAAAAUUCAAAACCCAACAUUUGCAAUCGCUAGCAAUCACUAUCAAAACUUUGGUGAGUGCCAGAGAUGAGCGUUGGUAUCACAAUCGUAAGUUGGUUGCAAAUUCAUUCACAAAAACAAAACUACGUUCCACAGUCGCAGUUAUGGAGAAACAAUCUGAGCUCUUUAUUUCAAUGAUGUCACAGUUUCAAAAAUCAGGUGAACCCUUUUCACCAAUGAAAUAUUGCAAGAAAUAUGCAUUGAAUAUUAUCUUUAGUAUUGUAUUUGCCGAUGAGAUUCCAUACGAGGAGGGUGUUGAUGAAGGUAGAUUAGGAAUGUUGGUUGGUUGGAUCGACCAAAUAUUUAAAGUCGGUGGUGCUGGCUCAUUAUUUGAUUACAUAACCAUUAUUCAACCAUUGUUUUACGGUUUCAAGAAAUUCGUUAUUGGAACUGAAAUGGAUCCAGUUUACAACUUUGUAGCAAAGAUUUAUGAUGAACAUUUUGAAACAUUAGAUAGAAACAAUCCACGUGAUUUAUUAGAUGUUUUAAUUAUUGAUUCAGAAGGUAAAGAUAGACAUGGUGUAAUUGCAGUAUCAAUUGACUUUUUACUUGCUGGAACAGAUACUAGUGCAACUACAAUCGAAUGGUUCCUUUUGUUCAUGGCUAAUAAUCCAGAUGUUCAAGAAAAGAUUGGAAAGGAAUUGAAAGAGGUUGUUGGUGUAAAUGGAAAUGUUACUUUGGCCAACAGGAAUAACACUCCAUAUCUGGUUGCAGCCAUCAAAGAAACACUGAGAGUAAGACCUGUCGGACCAUUUGGAUUACCACGUCAAACCAGAGAAUCAAUACUAUUGAACGAUCAAGUAUUCAUUCCAAAAGGUGCUCAGAUUCUUAUCAAUUUCUAUGGAUUAGCACAUUCAGAGAAGCAUUGGAGCGAACCAGAGAAGUUCCAACCAGAACGUUUCAUGGGAGCAUCAAACGAAGAAAAACAUGCUGACUUUUACCUACCAUUCAGUGCAGGACCACGUAAUUGCGUAGGAAUGAACUUGGCCAACGAUGAACUUUACCUUGCAAUUUCCAAUAUCAUGUCAAAUUUUGUAGUCUCUUCAUUCGACGGUAAACCAAUUUAUGAUGUCGAAGAAUAUGGAUUGACAAUUAAACCUCAACCAUUUUUAUUAAAAUUAGAUAAAAGAAUUUAA